AUGACUUUGAAUAUAGUGUUCAUGAACUUCAUAAUUGCUGUAAUCUCGGAGUCCUAUGAAAGAGUUAUGCAGAAAUUAGUCGCUGAAUCAUACAGAGUAAAAGCUAAUAUGAUAGUUGAGAGAGAACAGCUAUUCAAUGAAUCUGACUUGGAAAGUUUGGAUUAUUUCCCAAACUAUAUUGUUGUUAGAAGACCAUUAAACUCAGAAAUCAAUGAUGGUGGGGAAUGGUAAGGAUUCAUUAAAGAUCUGAAAUAUACUAUCAGAACAACAGCAGCUAAGUCAAAAGCAGAAAUGAUUCAAAAUCUUCAAUCUGUUAAAACUUAGCUAGACAAAAUUGAUUCAGUUAUUGAAAAGAAUUCAAAGUAACUUUCUUCUAAUGAAGGUCUUGAUGAAAAAAUUUCUAAGAUGCUCAAAUAGCAGCUUGAUAAGGCUUUUGAGAACAGCAACAAUGAUUUCAAAUCAAUGCAAACAGAAACUUCAAGAUGA